AUGAGUGCUCAUACACAAGGCGCCGGUGACUAUUGGAACCAUCAAAAUCAACAAUUUUUCGAUCAUUUUCGCGUGAAUUCUUUGCCGUUCGAUUCCAAUACUCCAAACGUUUAUCCAAUCUACAACGGAAAUUAUAGUGGAAAUAGUGCGUGCGCUUUAGCUGAAAGUAGUUAUAAAAGUUGUGUAAAAAGCGAGUUCCCAGUUGGGUACGAAAGGUACACUUCUAUAAACUUUGAUACGAAACAGUCUUACGAAUCAACAUCGAACACCUCGUUAUCUUCCCCUUCGCAAUUGUCGAACGCCGCAGGUGAGGAUGACUACAGUAGUGAAUUCGUUGACAUCAGAAGUUAUCUUUCACGUUGGCCACCGUUUCCCAAUCAAGCUGAAGAGAAGCACAUUGACAACGUACAGCCGGAACAAAAGGAGGAUUCCCCUGCUUUGCGAGCACUAUUAACCAAACCGCGCGAUAAAAAGGACCAAUUUUCAACCCCUACAAUUCCGGAAACGUUGCCGAAGCCACAAAUUAAAUCGUGCGCCAAAUCUAAUUACACAUCCAAAAAUGAAACGCCAAACACACCGCCACCUUCAGUCAAAGAAGGAUGCGACGGAAAUAACUUCGUACAAAUAAACAACUAUUAUCCCUGGAUGAAAAAUUCAGACAGUAGCCAGGGGGGAAAACGGACCCGCCAGACAUAUACCAGAUAUCAAACCCUUGAACUUGAAAAAGAAUUCCAUUUCAACAGAUAUCUCACACGGCGGCGACGAAUAGAAAUUUCUCAUGCACUCUGUCUAACCGAACGGCAAAUAAAAAUUUGGUUCCAAAACCGAAGAAUGAAAGCUAAGAAGGACAAUAAAUUUUCACCAUCCGAGGAUUUCCCGGAACAAGACGAUAUCAAUAUGAAUAAUACAAUAACGAGCACAAAUAACGGCACUUCACCAUACACGAAUAUAAAUUCACCAGAACUUUGCACGGUAAGUCAAGAACGAAACCUGUUUGAUGAAUCGGUCGCUAUACCUAUGACCCAACUGCGUAACCUUCCUGGACCGCCUUGCUUACCUUAAAUAACGAUCUAUAUUAAUUAAAAUUGAAGAGCAUAUAUCAAAAUGUAAAUAAAGACUUCGCGCUCUACUUAAAUGGGCCCAAGUUCUCUGUGUGUAUGUAUAUAAAGCUUUAAGUAUCUAUUUGUGUAACUUAAAUUGUAAAUAUCCGUAAAACUGUAUUUUAUAUGGAAGCUUCUUG